AUGCCGCCGCCGCGCCUCAGCAUCGGCACCGGCGCUGCCCCGCUCCUCGCCCUCCGCUCUGUUGUCCCCGACGCCGCGGCCACGGCGACGACAAAUAUCACAGCCCCGCCGUGGCUCAGCCUUCUCUCCCCGCCAGACGACCCGAACGAGUGGAACGGCGCCUCCGUCGUGCCCGUUGCCGUCAUCUCCGCCAUCGUCGCGACCGCCUUCGUCUGCAUGCGCUUCUACACCCGCGCCCGCAUCCUCCGCUCCAUCGAGUGGGAUGACUGGACCAUCCUCGCGUCUCUGCUGUUCGCCAUCGCCACGAGCGCGGGCAUGGUGACACAACUCAAGUUCGGCCUCGGCGAACACCUCUCCUACGCUUGGCCCUCGUACUCCUCCUACGUCGAGGCGGGGAUCUUUACAAACCUCUUCUACUCCAUCAGCCUCACCCUGACAAAGAUCUCCAUCCUGCUCCUCUACAUCCGCAUCCUCACCUACGACCUCUUCCGCCUCCUCGGCAAGAUCCUGCUAGGCGUCGUGCUCGUUUCCCACACCUGGAUCAUCAUCAGCAUCCUCACGACCUGCAUCCCCCUCAGCGCCGCCUGGAACUACGACCCCUCCGCCCCGCCCGCCUACUGCCACCCCAUCUCCGUCUUCUGGGGCAACGCCGUCAUGCAUCUGAUUAGCGAUUUCUUGAUCUUCCUCCUGCCGUUGCCCGUCAUCGCGACAAUGCGCCUCCCACGCCGGCAGAAGAUGGGGUUGUACUUUGUCUUCUGCCUCGCGUUCCUCGUCUGCGCCAUCUCCAUCCUCCGCCUCGUCCGUCUCUUCCAUACAGACGAGUCCCUCGAACAAAUACUAGACGUGACCUGGUCCAACGUCCGCAUCGCCAACCUCACCAACGUCGAGGUCCACGCCGCCAUCGUCACGGCCUGCCUCACGACGCUGAAACCCCUCCUCACCCGCCUCUUCCCCGCCUUGGCCACAUCCGUCACCGGCAGCGGCUCCUCCUCCACUACCUUCGCCGCCACCCGCGACGAAUGGGAAAAGAACUUCUCCACCGCCGACGCCGAGGCCCACUACCAGCGGCCCCUCACCAUCGGCACCAAGCCGAACCGCCCGCGGGUGCAGCGGGACACCUUUGCGAGCAUAGACGACAUGAAGCUCGCGCUGCCGACGCCCGAGGACGCCGACGUCCUGACGUCCAUGAGGCCGUCGGCGGAUACCAAGGGCGGCCGGGACGGGGAGUUCCGCCUGGCCGAGGUCGACGCCGGCGCGCCGCUGCGGUGGCCGUCGAUGCUGGUGCGCAAGUCGAGGCUGCAGAUGCCGCAGGGCGUAAAGACCCGCGGCUCGACGCUGCGGCGCGCGAUGAGCUACCAGUCCGUCGACCGGCUCAGCACUUCGGUUUCCGAGAAUCGAAUCUCAUGA